AUGACUGUGCUCUUCCCCGUGCAAGUCAUUCUAAUCGGCCUCCAGCUCGCCGCCUCCCCGUUCGUCGCCUCGACCCACGACGCGUUCGCAGCGACCCUAAUCGUCGCCGAGAUGAUCUUCAUCAUCGCCACCAUGGGGUUCAACUUCGUGCAGCUCGAAACGCUCCCUAAGAUCGGUUUCGCGCUGGUCAUCGUCGCCUUCUGCGUCCCCACCCUCCUCGUCUUCUCCUACGAAUCAGCUAACCACCUCCUAGUCUGGAAAGUGCACGGGGCAGCGAAAAGCCUCUGGGCUUUAGACGACGAAGGGGAAGGUGGGGACGGAGCAGAGGGAGCGGCAGGGAAACCCGGAGCAGGGGGAGCGAGCAAUAAACCGAAGCAUGUGAGGGAGGGGGCGGUGGAGGUGUCACCUAGUGACGUGCUUGACUGGUUCCGCCCGCACAUUGCUGCUAUCAUCCUGCUUCCGGGCCGCGAGGAAGAGCGGAGGCUGCUCAUGAAGGUCCGGCGGGCGUACGAAGCCUGCUGCUACCCCCUCAACUCCCCAGCUGCUGCUGCUUCCCUUGCCGUUGGUGGUGCGGAAACCGGCAACGGCCCUGCCGCCUCUGCCUCUUCCUCCUCCACUGCCCUGGUCCCCGCACCGGAAUUCGGAGACACCUCCUGGAUCAAGGACCUGAACAAGUCGCAGCGCUUUGCCGCUCUGCAUCAGAUUGUGCUGGGCGCAGCAGUGGGGAGGCGCCCCGUUGCCCGCGUGCCCUUUGAUGCCCGCGACGUGCCGGCUAUCUGGACCACGUCCGGUGGGGUUGUUAUUGCUGGUAUGGGUGCCGUUCCCACCACUAGCGGCGGUGGUGGCGGGGGGGUGGGAGCGCAGGAGAGCGAGGGGAGGGAUAUUGCUUCUGGGGGAGGGAUGAGUUCGCGGUAUGGGUAUGGCAGCGCGAGCUUUUAUGGCGGAGCGGGCGGCGGGCCGGGCGGCGCAAGCACCCGCGUGCACGACAUUCUGGCGAACUCGCGGUUCAUCAGCAAGGCGAUGCGGGAAAACGCCAAGACAGACCGCCCAGCGCUGGUGCGCUCGAAGAACAUCUCGAUCAAGAAUCUCCGGCCGCCCAAGCCGCCCCAGCCGCUGCCUCAGGACCUGUGGCCGCCGCCCCUGGAGGAGUGCGCCACGUGGGCGCACGUGAUUGGCCGACAGCAGGCGGCUCAGAUGGAGAGAGAUGCUGCAGUGGCGGAGGGGAGGGAGGAGGAGGAAGAGGAGGAAGACGAGGGAGCAAAGGAAGAAAUGGCAGGGGCCCCUGCUGGGUAUGCAAACGGCGGGUCGGAGAAACCGAACGGUGCUGUUAAUGGCGCUGCGAAUGGAGUGGACGUGAACGGAGAGGGCGAGGAGGAUGAGGAGGACGAGGAGAAGGAAGAGGAGGAGGAGGAAGGGGAGUAUCUCGAGGCGUGGUUGGACAGUAUGGGUAUCUCUCUGGCGUUCCAGCAGAGCUUCUCCCAGCUGACUCUGGUGGAGAAGAAGAGGAAGCCCCAGUCUCUGCGCCGCCUGUUGACGUCCGUGAAGCUUCCAGACAUCCUUGGCUGGCUGUCUUCCCCCUUGUGCACCACUGCCGACCGAGCCCUGUUUGUUCGUCUUCUAGCGGCUGUGCGGGCGGCGACAGUGGAGGAUGCGGGCGGCCCGCGUUGGAGCAAGUGUCUCGUGGUGGCGUUUCAGGGCAAGGCCAACACCACCCGCAAAGUGGCAGCUGCAAGCAAGGACUAUCUAGCAGAGGCAUCAGAGCAUACACUGGCAGAGGCAUCGCAGGAGGACUCACCAUAUGGCUACGGUGUCUGA